CGUUAAGUCGUCCAAGAGGGUGCGACAAGUUUGGUACCCGACCCAGCGCGGAAAGGAAUGACGCGCGCAGUUGGUGUUAUUUGUUUGUUUGUUUGUUUGUUAGCAGAACGCGAUGCCACAUACCAGCUGUUUCCCAUGCCCGUGGGAGCAAAGUCGAGAACACCUGAUCCGCGACACUAGGCCAUGUGCGUUAGGGGUGUGAGCAAAAAAGCUACGAUUGUCGGGGCAGGAAAAUGUGGGAAAUGUUCCUAGAAUUGCGACAGAAAAGUAAAACAGAUUAUGAGUGGACGGGCCAGGUAUUGCCUGCCUGUGUGCGUGUGUGCGUGUGUGCGUGUGUGCGCGCGCGUGUGUGUGAGAAGGGCGAGGAGACCAGACGAGAGGGGAAAAGUUACAUGGGCCGUUCUAUUAAUCACUGUAUGGCCAGGGUGCAUCCUUGUCUACAAAACUCAGCCAUCGUUACUAGCAACUCUAGUCACUCCUAGUUACCCACACCUUCGCCCAACACCCAACAUCCAACACAGCAAACCACUUAGUACUGAACAGCACAGCAUCCAACUGCCCAUCUCUGCAUUACGAGUACAACCGCAACUGGAGAGAGGGUCUUCUGCUUACUUUCAAAGCAACUACCCGUACGCACUCACUCUGCAAGUACUCCGUAACACAUCUGGCCGUGGCCAGGAAUUCACCCAGGACCUCCCCUGCAUCCGAUGCGCCGUGUAUCACCUAGUCAAGACUCAGGACUGAAGGGGACAAGGGUAUCAGGGGAGGCAAGCAAGCCCCAUCCCUCAUUUCAAUAAUCUAUUUCACCACUCCUGGCCUGGCCUGGCCUGCCUGGCCUUGGUCAUGGUCCUGGCCUGCUUCCUCCCGCCGUGUCCAACAAACACAAAUUGAUA